GGGUGGUUUUUAUAUUUUGGAGUCUACAUGGAAUUUGGGUUUGUGGGAAAUAAAAAAGAACAUCUUUUUAAAUGGGGAACAAACACAUCGAGGAGUGAGGCCUCAGAGCAUAAGGAAGACGAUGAAACGGUUUUUUCAGCCAGUAGAGAAAGAUGGGUCAGCCAAGAAACCCGCUAUUUCACCUUCCAAAAAGGACAAAGAUGAGAAUGGAGAAAUAUCAGAGGACAGCACGACGAAAGAGCCUCUCAAGUUCUUGACUUGGAACGCAAAUAGUUUCCUUCUCCGCGUCAAGAACAACUGGCCCGAGUUUACCAACUUCGUCACUAGCUUUGAUCCUGAUGUCAUUGCUAUACAGGAAGUAAGGAUGCCCGCUGCUGGUUCAAAAGGUGCCCCUAAAAACCCAGCAGAGUUGAAAGAUGAUAAUAGUUCAUCACGCGCAGAAAAGCAGAUAAUGAUGCGUGCUUUAUCGAGCCCGCCGUUUCAAAAUUAUCGUGUUUGGUGGUCUCUUUCAGAUUCAAAGUAUGCAGGGACUGCACUAUUUGUAAAGAAAUGCUUCCAACCAAAAUCAGUUUUUUUCAAUCUUGACAAAAAAGCUUCAAAGCACGAAACAGAUGGCCGGGUAAUUUUAGCUGAAUUUGAGACAUUCCGUGUGUUAAAUACAUAUGUGCCAAAUAAUGGCUGGACAGAGGAGGAAAACUCAUUCCCAAGGAGAAGAAAAUGGGACAAAAGAAUCUUAGAGUUUGUUUUGCAGAACUCAGACAAGCCUCUGAUAUGGUGUGGUGACCUAAAUGUUAGCCAUGAAGAGAUUGAUGUGAGCCAUCCAGAAUUCUUCAGUGCAGCAAAGCAAAAUGGUUAUGUCCCUCCAAAUAAAGAGGAUGGAACAAUCUUGAUGAUGCAGGAUUGUGGACAGCCUGGAUUUACCUUAGCAGAGAGAAAGCGUUUUGGUAACAUAUUGAAACAGGGAAAGCUGAUAGAUGCAUACAGACUCCUACAUGAAGAAAAGGACACCGAACGUGGUUUUUCGUGGUCUGGAAACCCAAUUGGAAAGUAUCGAGGCAAAAGGAUGAGAAUAGACUAUUUCAUAGUUUCAGAGAAACUCAAAGAUAGGAUUCUUGCUUGUGAAAUUCAUGGGCAAGGGAUUGAAUUAAAAGGUUUUUAUGGAAGUGAUCAUUGCCCAGUCACCCUUGUGCUUUCAGAAGCAAGCCCCAAAUCAAGAGAAAGCGAAAUCUCAUCUUAAAAGUUAUUGUACAUGAUCUAUUUGAAUUCUUCUGUCUAUAGUAAACAUACAAUUUUAGAGGUAGUUAUUUUCUUAAUGAUUCGCAUAUAUUAUUGUGACUUUGCAAUUUGUUUGA